CGAGUCGUUCAGCUGCCACACAUUCCCUGCCCCCGGAAAGCUAAUUUCAGGCGCCUGGCUAACCCUUGCCAGGGAAAUACCGCAGGAGCGAAAUGUUUGUUGACUCAUGUAUUUAGCAGUUUUUGUUCAGGUAUCAGAAUUAUUUGUCAGGAAAACGCAGCGAGUGGAGUUGAAUUUGACUGCAAUACAGAUUAAAGAUGGAGGGUGACAACUGCAGUUUUCCUCCAGAUUUAUCAGAGGAUCAUUCGCAAAGAGGAAGUGUGGCUUCUUCUGCAACCCUGUCACGUGCUCAGGAUGUGCUCGUGUAUUUGUUUGGUGAGAGCGCGGUACACCUAUCUGUAGAAGGGCUCGGCAGCGUCUCGGUGCAGGAGUUGGGCCAUAGUGUUCGUGAGGCUCUGCAUAUCCCUGAGUCCACACAGGAUCCUUUUGCCUUUUGGCUUUGCUCUCCGCUGCUCGAGCUGCAAUUAAAACCAAGGCAUCAGCCAUACAAACUGUGCAGGCAGUGGCAGGAUUUGCUGUAUCGAUUCACUGAGGCGUCAGAAGACGACAUUUCACAAGAUGAACCAUAUAUACAGUACAGACGCAAUGUGUUUUAUCCGAAAUCUAAAGAGCUGCAGAUUGAAGAUGAGACAGUGUUGAGACUUCUUUAUGAAGAGGCCAGGAGCAACGUCCUCUCAGGCCGAUACCCCUGUGACCCCGAGCACUGGGCGGGGCUUGGGGCCUUGUCCCUCGCUCUUGAAGAGGGAGCUGGUCUCGACAGCCAGCAAGCCACUACUAAAAUCAGGGAAAAGAAGCUGUCUUCCUUUGUGCCGGCUCAUGUUGCCAUGGGCAGCGGAGGCUUCUUCUCCACGCUGCGGGGGAAAUCGAGCCGUCAGGCAGAGCUGGAGCAGAAGCUCUCUGAGGAGUAUAGAAAGAUCAGCACAUCCACUGGAACUUCUGCUGAGCCUCAGCAGCUCCUGCACCAGUACCUCAGCAUGUGUCACAUUCUGCCUUAUUAUGGGUGCGCCUUUUUCUGUGGGGAGAUUGACAAACCUGUGCAAGGCAUCCUCCAGCGUGGAAAACGUAAAGCUGUCAGUGUUGGGAUCUGCCUGGAUGGGGUUUAUGUGAUGGAUGUGAAAGAGAAGCAUGUGCUGCUUGGGCUCUGUUUCAGCGAGCUUUCGUGGGACCACAGUUACCCCGAAGAGGAGGGUGACUCGCACAUCCUGUGGCUGGAGUUUGACGGAGAGGAAGACGGCACGCCCGUCAACAAACUGCUGAAAAUUUACUCGAAACAGGCCGAGUUGAUGAGUGGCUUCAUUGAGUUCUGUGUGGAGCUGAAGUCUGCCUCAGAGGGGGGCGCCGCAGCUGAGACGGGCAGCGAGGCGGGCGUUUCUCAGGAACGUGCGGGACCAGAAGCCAGCACCAGGAACGGCCGUGGAGGAAGGCGCGGGAUGCUGCAAAGGCAGAGCAGCGUCGUCUGCAGCCGGAUCCACUCCCUGAACACCAUCAGCUACGUGGAUAAUGGUAAAGAAAUCAAACGCUUGAAGCCGAAAAGAGCUGCAUCCUUCUUUGCUCGACAAGCCCCGGCACCCACCUACUCUGCUGUGCAAACUGAGAGCCUGGAGCAGGGUUAAGCGUCUCUGCCUCAGCCUCCUCAAUGACCAAACCUGAACAUUUUUACACUGAGAUUUAAAAGCGGACAAAAGGACUUAUAUGAAAGAGGCCCAAGAUGUUUUUCAGCUAUUCUCUGAGCAAACCGAGGACCAAGUAAGUGGUAUCUAUGUGUGGGUAUAUUUAUCUUUUAAAGUGAUGUACAGUAUCGGAGCACAUUAAUGUGAAAAUCAAGAUCUUGCUCAAAUCUAAACCUUCAUGGAUUGGACUGAAUUUGCUGUUCAGCAGUCGGCCUUACACUCCCAUCAAGCGCUCUACAACAGAGACGAGCCUCAAAGAAACCCACUAAGUGUAUCAUGUUUCUCAGCUUAACUGCAGAGGGCUGUUCUUCAAACAUGUGACACCUCAAAGGAGCAUCAACCACCACAGAACCUCUUUUCUUUAGCUUUCCAUCAAGAAUGUUGCAGUAUGUCCUAAAGCAUCAAUGUUACAGCUUCCCCUGUCAGCAUGACAAACACUUCUAGGGGGGCGGUUUAAAGUUGUGAUGACACUAUUCUGCUUUUUCAAACUGCCAGUGCCUUGUUCUCAUAAUUAAGGGUGAAGCCAAGUAAGAAGGACUGGUAGAAACAUAAAGGGUUCAUUGUUAUGGCAGCAGACCUGCUGUGUUGUGGAAGUUUCUUGUAAGUACAUUUUUGUUUCAUUUGAUUUGCUGAUUUUAUAUUUGAAGUUGGUAAUCCUUUUUUGUGAAAUUGAAACAUGAAUUGGGUUAGGGUUAGAGCUAAAGAUUUAAGUUAAGAUCAGGUAAUGAAUAAAAAAAAAGAAUACAUUAAAAAGCAGUCUAAUGACCUCCAACAGUACGAUACUCUUCCAGUGCCUUACAAAAGCUUCCAUAUCUAUUUAACGUUUUUACAUUUUGUCAAAUUACAAACACUCCAUUGUAUUUUAUUUGGCUCUUAUGUGAUAGACCAACACAAAGUAGAGCAUAACUAAAAAGUAGAAGCACCCUUUUAUACAAUUGCAGCCACAGGUCUUUUUGGGUAUACCUCUACCAGAUUUGCAUAUCUACUGCAGAAACGGAGACUUUUGCUGAGACUUCUUUGCAACAUGGCUAAAGCCCAGCCAGUCUGGAUGAAGGACAUCUGUAUACAACAGAUUUCAAAUUUAGGUCUGGAUUUUAACUGGGCCAUUUUAACACAUAAAUAUGCUUUGAUCUAAUGUAUUACACUGUAGUGCUGGCUGUACGUUUAAGGUCGUUCUCCUGCUGAAAUGUCAACCUCCACCCCAGUUUCAAGUCUUUUGCAGCCUAAAUCAGGUUUUGUUCCAGGGUCACCAUGUGUUAUCGCCAUCCAUCUCCCCUAUCAGGCCUUACUAGCUUCCUUGUCCCUCCUGGGCUAACGCAUUGCCGCAGCAUGAUGCAGCCACCGUCAUGCUGUGGAAAUGGUGUGUUCAGGAAGAUGUGCAGUGUUAGUAUUUAGUUUCCAUGGGUCCUUUAUCUUUCACUUCACAAUUAUGCACUACUUUGGGUUUGCCUAUCACAAGAACCCCGCCUUUUUAAAUACGCGUUUGGGUUGUAAUGUGACAAAAUGUAAAACUAAUUCUAUGGGAACACUUUUGCAAGACACUGCAUGUCUGUGUAGUUGCAGAUAAGGUUAGAAGUAAAAUUUCUAAAUCUACAUUGCCGGUGACAUUAAAGACAGGCUCACAUUCAUGUAUUAAUCCGUAUUAUUUACCCAAUGAGUAAGCAAAAAAAAAAAAAAAAAGGGUCAUGCAAUAUUAUACCUGUGCCUCUCCUGAAAUGUAAACUAAUUUGAAAUUUGGUCUGUUUAAACUUACUGGUGUUUGAAGAAGAGAGAAAGCAAUAUCGUGACAGAUUUCUAUAUGCCAUCUUUUGGUGUAGUCUGUGGUACUGAUAUCAUGAGAUGAUGUAUGAUUGAAAGGGGUCACAAAGUAUGUGGAGUUUUUACUAGACAGCAUCUCCAAGUUGUGUGCGUACAGCACAUGGUGACUGUACUGUAUACGUUUCGGUCUUCCAUCAAACCUACCUGUCCUACUACUGCCUACUGGGUGACAUAUUUCACUCCUCAGUGCAUCUCUGAACUUCAGCCUGACACAGCCACCUUGAGCCUUUACAGUGCAUUUCAAAAACAAACUCUUCAUUAAAAAUUACACUGAAAGCAGCUUAAUAUUGCUAAUGCUGAUCUCAACCGGAACAUAUGCUCUCAUUUGAUAAAUGUUCUUCCUCCUCUCAUCAUGCAAACUCCAGAAUGUUCUUCUCUUGAGCUUCAGAUUGUAUCUCGGCUACUGUCUGCAACCCGUGUUGCUAACAUACACUAUGCAUGUCUCAUUUUAGUAUCGUCAUUCCGACAGCCUACACCUAAUGUAAUGUUGCACUAAUACUAACAUAGUCUUUAUAAAAAUGUUUCCAUCAGCUGACUGUUUUGAGUAAGUUGGCUUUUAUAAAGGAAUAACUUCCAUCUUCAUAUGUGUGUGUUUGUAUACAGUAAUGAAGGAUUAGGUCUAAUUAAAUGCUGUCUCAUCAAGCAGUCGCUUUGCAGAAGCAGAAGUGCCUUUUUAACUAACUUGGUAUCUGAAUGCUUGUUUCCCUGUUCGGAAAUCAAGAAUAAAAAUGCAUUGUAGGCAUUUUAGCUUUCCUACUGAUGUUGUGUCGUAGGCAGUCAAUUCUGCUGUCUUUCUUUUUUAAAUAUAAAAUAAAGAUGUGUUAAAGUGUGCUUAUUACACACCUAAGACUGUACUGUAUACCGAAGCCAUAUUCAUUUUAACCAGCAUGAUGCACUGUUAGAACUUUAUUCUGAAAACCUCCUUUUAUCACACUUUUUUGUUUAACCUCACAUCUAUACCUUUGUUAGCCUAAAACAUGCUCAUCAUUUUUACCCUAUAUGUUUGCUGAUGAUUAAAAUAAAAAUAUUGUGUUGUAAA